AUGGCGGUGGCGAGUCCCGGCCUCUGGGCUACCUGUUCCCAAGCCCUCGAAACGGCUUCCGUGUCCAUGGCGGACCCGCUGGUUCAGCAGCAGGCUGCAGAGGGCGCCGUGCUCCGAGCGCAGGCCGCCUUCGUGGCCUACCCGCUGGACGUUUUGAAGACGCAGGUUCAGUCGGGGCACCCGCGAUACAGUCGGCUCUCCAGCCUUCCCUGCUUGAUGAAGGACUACAAGCUGCGGAUCUUUCGAGGCUACCCGGGCGUGGGGGCGAACUCCUUCAUCAUGGGGGCUCUGAUGUUCGGCGGCUACCGGUUCUUCGACAACUUUUGGGCCCUAAACCAUGUGCCGGACUACUGGCGACCGGCGCUGGCAGGUGCCAGCAUCGGGUCAUUGUGCGGCUUCGUUGCGACACCGCUGGAGCAGAUCAAAACCAUCAUGGCCCUGCAAGAGUCCUGGUUGAAGGAGAAGAAGAUCAAAACCAGGAUCUAUUCCUCCGUUCUGCAGGGGGCCUAUCAGGCUCCGUUGAGGCUUAAGUUCUAUGCAGCGACACCCUUGGUGAUCCGCACAUCCCUCUUCGAUGGCCAGCUGUUCUUCUACAACAGCCGGCUCAGGGAGUGGGUCUCCCACGACGGAGUCGCCUGCUCCUCUGGCACGCGGUUCUUUGUCAGCACCGUGGGCUUCAUGUUUGCAGGCCUCAUCGCGGCCACGGUGAACUAUCCGUUUGACCGAGUCAAGGGGCUGAUGAUGGGAGAGGCAUACCAGGCCUCCACCGGCGAG